AUGCCGCAACGCGGGAUGCCUCUCGAGCUGGUCAGGGAAAUACUCAAAUAUGUCCUCAUCAUUCCAGAUGCGACGUUUUCUGCCUUCCGUACAGACAUGACCUUCGUCUCUCGCGGAUGCGCAUCAACCGUCAAUGUCCUAUUGGUGUCCAGAGACUGGAAGGAUCUCGUGCGAUGGCUCUACGAGUCUAUUAUUCUGCGCACUUCGGCACAAGUGGAUGCUCUCUAUGAGACCUUGAGCAAAAACCCUACUCUUCGUGCGCACAUCCGCAGACUCCGCGUGGAGGUCUUUUUCAGCGACCGCAUCAACUCCAUCAUCGCCUGGGCUGGCGGCAACUUACACACGCUCUACUUGUCCGUGGACUCUCGUUAUGCUGGUCGUAGUCGUGGCAUUUAUCCCCCACAUCCGGCUCGCUCUGGCUUCAUGAAUUCUUUACAGGCCAUCAAUCCAAAGCGACUGCUGCUCGACCUCUUGGACCACAUUAACAUAGAUGUAGACACUCAACAUGCUGUUGUCGAGUCUAUUUUACAAUGGUCAAAUCUUGAGCGGGUUGAUUUCAGUGAUGCGCUCACAAGGAUGUCCUCUCGAGUACUUGCACCUGUGAUACGGGGUGCACCAUCCCUUAGAAUAAUAUCUAUCGGCCCAUCUUUCGCCGGGCAAGACGCAUCCGAAGCUCUGAGUGCCAUCACAGCGAAACACGAUCUCCGAGUUGUGCUUUUACGAGCGAAGGCCGAUUGCAAAGUCGGCGAAGAUAUCCUUAGUGCAUUGCGUGAUAUUCUGUACUUCACCGAUGGUGACAGUACUGUCACUCUACGAAAUCAUGCCGGUGUGCGACCGUUAACUGGGCUCAAUGUUCCAGAUCUCCCAGACGAGAUAUGGUCACGAAUUCUAGCGUUCGCAACACAUGUGCAUCACCCCGAUGAUCUAGAAUUCACCGAGGACCUGCUAUGGCAGUCCCUAGAUGAACGCGUCAAUGAAACAAGACGCAACAUUAUUCUCGUGUCCAAGAGGUUCUAUAACCUCGGCGUGUCUUUCCUGUACUCCGUUCCCAUUAUACGGGAUAGGUCGAUCGCUGAAAUGUUUGCCGAACACUUAGGGUUGAACCCCAACUUCGUGCCUCUUGUUCGUGUCCUGCGCACACGGUCCCUGUGGCGCGAACGCCCAGUGACGUUCUCCGAGCCGCUGAGUUCGGUCACUCAUGUCAUGUCGACUUUCCGCGUGUUUCCAGAGCUCGCGAACAAUCUGAAGAGCGUCUCGCCUCUAGUAUCGCUCUCACAGAGGCUGCAGGAAGACUGGCAGGACAUCCUGGUACCUCCACGUAGCUUCGAGCGGUUUCCAAACCUGCGCACCCUGUCACUGAGCAGGGGCUGGACGAAGCUCACGCCCAACAACAUACCAUAUGACGCCUUGCCUAGGCUCAAGACACUGAAGGUGAUAGACUUUGAUACUCCUCCUGACGGAUCGUCUCUGAUUGAUCUGUUUACUGAGAUGCGGCUCCCAGAGCUGAAGGAGGUCCAUGUCCACGGCUUCGAGGUUGAAAAUGCGUGUCUCUUCCUGCAGCGUCACGGUGUAAAGCUUGAACGCCUUACGACCGAAGCGACGCACAAAUUUGACACAGUCGAAGCGAAUGUGCUCGAUCUGUGUCCUAACAUUGCGGAGCUCUACAUCAUCGAUCUUGUUAUCCCCCCGCCGCUCAAGUUUCUGUCCAAUGCGGCACAACACACCACGUUGAAGCGUAUAGUACUUCCCUGCGCCGCCGUGUACCCACAUAGAGACUUCACCAGCAGGGACUGGAUAGACUUCUUCGACGCGCUCGAUGUCUCCCCACUCGUUGCGCUCUCUGACAUUUGUUUGCCACCGAAGUUUCGCUGGCCUCAUGACGAAGCCGCAUUGCGACAUAACCCUCUCAGGAAGAAUGCGGAGCGGUUACUGCAGCAUGGAGUGGCAUUCACGAACAGCGAAGGAAAGAAGAGAUGGACCAGAGUCUGA